UUAAUGCUGAAUCUCCCAGCACAAUAUUAUUCAGUUUAAGUUGAGACUCUGAGCUGUUUGGAAGUGGUCAGAAGCAAUUGAACAUUUUUUUUUUUAUUCAAGUGUCGCUUGUGCAGUUUAACUUGAUAUCCAAGUGAGACUUUGGUGACUAAGGUUGUCCAAUAUGUCGCGAUUUUUCGCGAUAGUUCUCACCUGUGUGAUCUUUGGGGCUUCCUGUGAUGCCAAAGGGUACUACACAAUUGUUGGAUCGCGCAUCUUUCGCGCCAAUUCACCGUAUCACAUUUCCGUAAGUACUCAUGGCACAAGUGAGGCUGUGCAGAUGAGAGUUGGUGUUGAAGGACAAUCCGAGGGUGGAUCCAAGUUCUCCCAGUUCAAGGAUGUCACUCUUGAGCCAGACACCAGCAAAGUCGUGGAGAUCGAUAUUGGCAAUAUUGAACCUGGGCAGUACAAUUUGACUGCAGAAGGUCUUUCGGGAAUUAUCUUCAAGAACUUCACGUCAAUUGCAGCUAACACCAAAAGCUUCUCAGGUUACAUUCAGACAGAUAAAGCUGUGUACAAACCUGGGGACAAAGUUAGGUUCCGAGUAGUUCUUUUAGAUGCUAAUUUGAAGCCUGUUCAAGUUAAAAACAAAAUGCAGAUCUAUAUUAUGGAUGCCAAACAGAACAGAAUUAAGCAGUGGUUAGAUGCAGAACCAGUUAAAGGUGUUUAUUCUAAUGAACUUCAGUUAUCGGAUCUUCCGGUUUUGGGAGAUUGGACCAUCCAGGUUAAUGUUAUGGGUCAGAAAUUUACGAAAACCGUUGAAGUUGCUGAAUAUGUUCUGCCGAAGUUUGAAGUUACGAUUGAUACUCCUAAGUUUGCUACUUUCAAAGAUGGCAAGCUUAGGUUUACGGUUAGGUCAAAGUAUACGUACGGAAAGCCAGUUAAGGGUGAAGCAACAAUUUCGGUGUAUCCUAGGUUCUUUGGAUCCUACCAACCUUUUGUAUCGGAUUUAAUUUCGAGGAAAGUAGCUAAACUCGAUGGGAAGGCUUCGGUUGAAUUUGAUAUUCAGGAAGAGCUGAAGUUCAAGGAGGACUGGCAGAGGGAUAUAACAGUAGAGGCUGUUGUUGAAGAGGAACUGACCAACCGAAAGCAGAACACUUCGAAAACUGUAACCCUCUAUCGAACUAGAUAUGAAGUUGAGCUUAUCAAGUCAUCGGAUAGAUUCAAGGCUGGUCUUCCGUUUACCGUUCGCGUUAAGGUUGCUCAUAGGGAUGGAACCCCUGUAACUGAUAAGAACAACCCCGUCUACAUUAGACAGACCAACAACUUCAACGAUCCAUCUGGAUUCCGUAGUGAUACCGUAAACUCAACCGUUUAUCUUGAUGAAAAUGGAAUGGCUAAGAUCAAUGUGGCAAUUCCUACGAAUGUAUCAAACAUCGAUAUGGUUGCCACAUAUUUGGAUACCGAUGGUUACCUUGGGUAUACCCCAUCUGUUAGUUCAGAUAGCAAUACCUUCCUCAAGACAACCAUCAAUACCCCCGAACCCGAAGUUAACCGCGAAAUCUCAGUUCAGGUUGACUCUACAGAACCUAUGACCCAUUUUACGUACCAAAUUAUAGGCAGAGGAGACAUUAUCGUAUCGAAAACUGUCGAAGUACCCUCUAGGACUUCUCAUACCUUCAAGUUCCUUGCCAGCUUUGCUAUGGUUCCGGAAGCUGCACUUGUAGUGUACUUUGUUCGUCCCGACGGAGAAAUCGUUUCUGAUAGGCAACCUAUCAAGUUCCGAUCAAGCUUCCAGAACUUUGUCAAAUUAGAACUGGAUAAACUUCAAGCUGGUCCUGGAGAUGACAUCUCCUUGACUGUUAACACCAAGCCGAAUUCCUUUGUUGGACUCCUUGGUGUUGACCAGAGUGUGCUCCUGCUGAAAUCUGGAAAUGAUCUGUCCAAGGAUGACAUCUUCAAUGACCUUCGGAAUUAUCAGCAAGAGACCUGGUAUCCACGUAACUAUCCCGUCUUCAGGAGAAAGAGAUCAUUUUAUCCUUGGAGUUUCGCUUCUUGGAGAGACUUUAGUGAUUCCGGAGCUGUUCUCCUGACCAAUGCUAAAGAGGAGGCUAGGCGUGAGAUAACGAAGAAACUCCCGCCCAUCACGACACAGCGUUAUGAUAAUUCCGUGGGUGGUGUUACACGCAAGAGGACAGAUUUGGGUCCUGCUCACUUAUUCAAAUUACAUACACGUCCUCCACUCGCCGGUCCAUAUGCUUUCAGUCGCAUCCCACGGCCGGCGUGGAAUCAUCCACGUGUGUAUCUCAUGCAUGAUAUCCGGGAUACGUGGCUCUUUCUCAAUACUUCAUCGGGCUAUGAGGGAAAGACGACACUGCACAAGAAGGUUCCAGAUACCAUCACAUCGUGGGUUAUUACAGGAUUUGCCAUUGAUCCCAUCACAGGCUUUGGUAUGACACAGAAUCCUCGUACCCUCAAUGUCUUCCAGCCCUUCUUCGUCUCCACGAAUUUGCCGUAUUCCGUGAAACGUGGGGAGGUUGUAUCCAUUCCCAUUGUUGUCUUCAACUACAUGGAGAAUGAUGUUCAAGCUGAGGUUACUCUGGAGAAUGUCAAUCAGGAGUUUGACUUUACAGAGAUCACCAACGAGGUCAAUCCCAAUCCGAAACUCGAACUCUAUCGCAAAAAAAGGGUUUCUGUCCCGGCAAACGGAGGCAAAUCCUUGUCUUUCAUGAUAACUCCCAAGAAAGUUGGUCAUAUCACAAUUAAAGUCAAAGCAACGUCCGCUGUUGCCGGAGAUGGAGUUGAGAGGAUGCUUCUGGUUGAACCAGAAGGUGUAACGCAGUAUAUGAGCAAAGCUGUCUUCAUGGAUCUCAAUAAAGAGCCAAAUGCCAUGGCUAGCCUUCCCUUCGAAGUGCCUAAGAAUGCCGUUCCGGAUUCUACUCAUGCUGAGGUGUCAGUUCUUGGAGAUCUUCUGGGAUCUACCAUUGAGAAUCUCGAUAAACUUAUUAAACUUCCUUAUGGCUGUGGUGAACAAAAUAUGUUGAAUUUUGUUCCCAAUAUUGUUGUCCUGAACUACUUGAAGGUAACCGGAAAGCAAACUCCGGAGAUUGAAAAGAAGGCCCUAAAGUACAUGGAGUCAGGGUAUCAGAGAGAAUUAACCUACAAGCACAAGGAUGGAUCCUUCAGUGCAUUUGGAGAGAGUGACAAGAGUGGAAGUACUUGGUUGACGGCCUUUGUGGCUAGGUCCUUCCGGCAAGCUAAGAAAUUUAUCAGUGUUGAAGAGGACGUUAUUACGAAUGCCCUGAAUUGGCUCAGUGAUCAACAAGCUGCCAAUGGAAGCUUCCCAGAAGUUGGGCAUGUAUCGCACAAGGAUAUGCAGGGUGGAGCUGGCCAGGGAAUUGCUCUAACAGCCUACACUCUUAUUACUUUCCUGGAGAAUAGGAAUGACGUCCCUAAGCAUCAGAACACUAUUAACAAGGCUCUGGAUUAUGUGGCAAGGAAUCUUGAUGGAUUGGAUGAUGUCUAUGCUCUGUCCCUGGCCACAUAUGCCCUGCACAUUGCUCAGCACAGCGCCAGGAGCAAUGCUCUGGGCCUCCUUGAGAGCAAGGCAACGACUGAGGCUCAGUUGAAAUGGUGGCAUAAACCCAUUCCGGAAACUGACAAAAAGAACCCGUACUAUGGCCAGCCAAAUUCUGUAAAUGUUGAAUUGACGGCCUACGCUCUUCUCACGUACAUGGAGGCAGGAAUUGUCGAGGAUGCACUGCCAGUGAUGAAGUGGUUGAUUGGACAGAGGAACAACGAAGGAGGCUUCCAAUCUACUCAAGAUACAGUCGUUGGUAUUACAGCUCUGGCUAAAUUUGCAGAGAAAGUCUCUUCCGGAGGUGGUCCACCUGACCUCACAAUGACCAUUACGUCGGACAAUGGUCAGAAAUCCAAUCUCAGAGUCAAUCAGGACAAUUCACUGGUUCUCCAGAGUGUCAAGCUCGCUCCAAAUGUGAGAAAUGUCACAGUUUCAGGAAGCGGCAAAGGAUUUGCCGUAGUUCAGCUGUCCUAUCGCUACAAUCUCAAUGUCACCGGGGCCUGGCCACGCUUUACCCUCGAUCCACAAGUGAACAAGAACAGCAAUCAGGAUUUCUUGCAUCUGUCCGUUUGUACGAGUUUCAUUCCUGAUGCAGCUGCUGGCAAUGAAUCCAAUAUGGCUGUGAUGGAAGUUGGCUUCCCAAGUGGCUUUACUGCUGAUCUCGAUACCCUGCCAUCGCUGCAGAUGCUGGAGAAGGUGAAGAAGGUGGAAACUAAGGAAGCUGACACAAAAGUCGUCCUGUACUUUGACAAUCUGGACAGGACGGAAAGAUGCCCGACUCUCACGGCUUUCAGGACCUUCAAAGUGGCUCAUCAGAAGCCUGCUGCUGUCACUGUCUACGACUACUACGAUAAUGCUCGUCGUGCCAGAAUGUUCUACAGUGCCAAUCCAGCGAGUUUGUGUGAUAUCUGCGAGGGAGAUGACUGUGGAGAUUCCUGCACGCCAAAAGCUCAGCAACAGACAUUGGACAGGGAGCCAGAGAGUCCUCUGGACAGGGCUUCUGUUUCACAUUCCAGUACCACUGAAUCUUUUACCUUCCUAAUUUUUGGGUCUCUAAUAGCGAGAUUUUUCUUUUACUAACAUCUAUAAUUGAUACAAAAAUGAUUUAAGUGGAUGGGAAUUGCUGCGGAAAUGUCACUUGGAUCAGAAGAAUUCCCUGUUGAUGAUGCCUGCGAGGAGAUUGAUGAAGAGAAAAAUAAAGAGAAAUACUGUCAGAAGAACAAUAAAUGUGAAGAAAUUUA